AUGUCGAGUCGGAAUCCAGACAAUGCAGGCUGGAUGUGCGGCAACUGCAAGAAACUCAGGGCCAAGACCGCCUGGUUUUGCGAUCUCUGCGGCUCGGCUUGGGAGGACUGCAUCAUCUACCCGAAGUCGAAAGCGCAGCAGUCAAGAUCGUCUUCAAGGAGGUCAUAUUGGACCGCACCAGAUCUUCAACCCUGGGGAGAUCAACACGGAGAAAAAAGCCCGAGGCAGCAGCCCAAGAAAAACAGAAGCAGAGGCAAAGGCAAGGGCAAGGGACGCAACGCUCCCCAGCAGACACCACUUGCACCACCUCCUCCACCGCCGCUUUCUGGCCCGGAAGGGCAACAGCAGCCGCCAUGGAUGAGCAUGCCUCUACCUCCUGGAGCAUCAACAUCUUCAACGACCACAUUGUCGCCAGCAGAAUUGAAACUGAGGGAGGUUUCCAACCUGCUAAAAAAGGUCAAUCCGGAAACGCUCACGCCGGAGCUACAGCAGUUUGUUGUAGACGAAACCAAAGCUGCCAGCAAGAAGGAUGCCAAGACCCUCUACUCAGCUGUGGGCGCUUUGACAAAGGCAAGAGAGGAGCUCGACACGGCGAUCCUGGCCAAGAGCAACCUGAUGGCGCAAUGGAGAGCAUUCCUCACCAUGUCCCUGGAGCGGUUUCGCCAAUACACAGACCACUUCCAGAAUCAGGAGCAAGCGCAUCAGGAAAACAUCAAGCUGGCCAAGGAAAGACUGCGCAAGGCAAAGGAGGAUUUCAGCUCCAAAGAAGAAGCAGCAACCGUGAUCUCCGACGACGAGGUGGAGUCCAAAGCCACAACCACCAAAGAAUCAGCUGCCCAGAUUCUGAAAGGGCUGAGCCAUAUGACAGAGAGCCUCCAAAAGCUGUCAGAGCAAGCAGAAGAAGAGCAAGCAGAGGAAGAACGCAAAGCGAAACGUCCUCGACAGAAGGAAGGCGACCCUCAGGACGCCGCCAUGCCUGCAGAAAGCUUGCCAUCUAUGCAGCCUUUUGGUGUGCCCGGAUCGGAAGGAAGAGGAAGACCCAGAAGAGUUCCCAUCAGACAUUUUCCUGCCUGGGUAGCAACAUUAUGGAACAUUUUGCAAGAUGAAGGGGCCACCGAGCUUCUCGAAGAAGGGCCGGUGAUCUACCUCAGCACCUUUUAUUUGAGUCAUCGAAACUGCAUUCGACAAGCAGCCAGCCGACCAAUACGACUGACGAGAAGAUAUGAGGAGUGGAUCGAGGAGUUCAAGCAGGUUUGGGGCGACCUAUUUGAUCAUGACUCUGACUUCAGCCUCUUCCUCGUUCAGCCGGAACCGCCAAUCUCCAUCACAAGAGGUAUUGUCGGGAUCGUGCUCAUUGUUCAACAUGAACAACCUGGAGGAUCUGCAGUUUUGACAACGGCACUUUUCGAUGAACUCCCAACACCACGCACGCUUGAGAUCGCCCAUGUCAUUGACACAUGGACCGAUUACACUACAGUACUACAUCGUGCUGAAGCCUAUGAAGCCUGCACUGAAGCCCAGCGUCAAGGCCUACGACCCUGUGUUCUACGUGCAGGCCGACAUGUCUUCCCUCGAGAACGACCAGUGCGGGUGACCGAUGGACUUGGAAUAGUCAUCAACGUGCCUUUGCUUCUCAAUGACGAAGAAUGGAACGCUUAUGUUCGGCCACGUAUUGAACAAUGGCCUGAGUUUGCCCAACAACCACCCCCAGAUGCAGAGAAUGACAAUGAUCAUGUGGCUUUCAUGGCACGCCGCCCGCGUGCACGUGACCUCAUGUCUUCUGGUUCUUCUCCCUCUACUGCAAGUACAGACACAAGCACAGCCAGCGCGCCCUCACACAUUGAUACUGCCGCAUGGCGUCGCACAGUUGUCUUUACCCUUGAUGGAACAACUAUCUCAUGCCUUUUACCCGAGGAACCAGGGCCAGAACAACUUCAUCAAAUUGGCCUUGCACUUCCCGGUUCACAGGGCGAAGUUGCCACAGCCCACAUCGUUUCUGAGAAACCGGAAGCUCUUGUUGCAAUGGACUUGGACUGUUUGCUGGUCACCAAGGCUCAUCAGACGCUAUCACUGUUUCGCAUCUUAUGCCUCGAGAACAUCUUUAUGCUCCAUGCAGACAAGACCAGUCUCUGGAUUAACAAUAUCCUCAUCGACUCAGCUGCAAAUGACGCACUCACCAUCGAAGAUGGUGACUACAUUAAGAUCUUCAUCGGCAACGAGGAGUACCGUUUCCAAUGCACUGAGGACCAUGACACCAUGGCGCUCCUGCAGACAGCCAUCACAAAGGCAAUCUCAGCGAUGCAGGACCAUGGACAUCAAGCAGUCAGCUAUGCUGAACGCAAGACGCAUACUCCCACCUCAGUCUGCCAAACGGAUGAUCGACCUGAAACAGUCUCCCUCAGCUUCACAGAAGAAUUUUUGAGAGCUGUUGAUGCAUUGCGUACUGCGACAGACGCUAUGCCGGAGUUCCCAGAAGAUGACCCAGGCGACAUCACAGCCUACGAUCCGUGGGUGCAACGAUUGCAUGAGGCUUGGACUCGCUCCGCCACCAUCGGGCCAGGAGGCAUGGAACGCCUGGGCAGAGUGGAAACCUGGUUCACCGACCAUGCGAAUUUUCAAAGAUGUCACCAUACGAGAAUCGCAGUUCUUGGACCAGACGCCCACCGCUGGGAAGAACAAUUGCGUCACUUAUGGCGUCAAUAUCUUCUCCUUGGAGCGCCACUUGAAUUUCACAUGGUCGAACCCACACCAGAGGACGCGUCAGGACAAAUCAUUGGCCAGCUGUUACUUGUCCAGCGACCUCAUGUCUAUCAACGCUCAGUUGUCAUUUCAACUUACGACAACGAGUACGAUCAGGUUGUUAUGGGCACUCGCGUCGACCUCCACUCUGUUUGCACUAUGAUGCAGGCCCAUGAAGAUUGUCCUCCAGAAAACCCCGAGAACAGGUGCACUCUCUGGUCCGGACUGCGGCCCAUGGAACCACUUGAACGAGUUUACGCCCGGCACGGUAGUCUUUUCAAGUUGGUCAUCCAGCGUGCCUUACACGCCAAUGUGGCUGCUGAAUCUAGCACCAACUUGCGCGAAAGAAUGAGAGCAAUUGAUGCUAGAGUGAUCUCUGGCCACAUGAUCUCUGGCCACACACCACUUUGGCUCCAAGCACUACACCGUGUCUUUCAAGAUCUAGCCGAAACAGAGCGCACUGACGAAGGUCCUGUCGCAUAUGUUGCCACCUGGUAUCUCCAUGCUUCUUAUGCUCCGCGUUGUGAACCAGGACGCACUGUGCGCUUGCGUGAUGAUCCCUUGAAUUGGCAACGCACUCUCAGUGAAGCUUGGGGCGAUCGGUAUGACUCCAGUAGACCAGCUGACCUUUUCUGGAUCUCACCAGCCCCACCGUCCUCUUUGACAGAUCAUGUUUUGGGCCACAUCUUGAUUGUCCAAGCGCUGCCUGCACACUCAGUUGCAACACUGUUGACUGCCAGAGUACGUGACCAAGAAGGGCAAACCCUGCGUAGGGUAGCAGCAUGUAUCCCACAGGCCUCCUCCGCUGAGGACAUCGUAGCGGCAUUUCCCAUUCCAGGUCCGUUGUUGAGAUACCCCAGAAGAGUUGGACGUGGCCAAACCUUCUUUGAUCCCAACACUCCAACGCAGGUUGCCUCUGGAGAAGGCCUUGUGAUCGACAUCAUGGACACAACGCUCACGCCCCAAUCGGCAACCAACACAGAAGGCAUCAACCUUCUUCAAACACAUGUGCAACGCACUCGACAGACAAUUUACAGCUCUCCGCAAGACAAACAUGCACUGGAAGAGCGAAGGUGCCUAACAGUUGGGCAGGUGGCUCAUACCCAACGACCUUCCUCGCAGGAUGCAAAACAGAUCAUUUGUCUUGAGGAGACCAUCCCUGUCUUCCCGAAGAUUCAGGUAGACUUCAAGUCAGUCCAACAGAUCCUAGAGGCCAUCCACGCGGCAGCCAAUGAGUUCCUGCAGACUUCGGAUGCCCACCAUGAUUCCACGCUGGAGCUGAUUCAGAUUGACAUCACGAUUGCUACAGCCAACGUCCUGACGCUUCGCACUGAAGAUUGUCCACAACAGGGCACCAGCAUUUCGCGACAAUUUGUCAUCAUGCAGCAAUUCCAUGAUGCAGGUUGCAUUUUCAUCGGCAUCCAAGAGACGAGGUCAACAUUGGUUCCUGGAAAUGUGUUGUUGUCACCAGCAGGGCGCCUCAUUCAGGUCGACCACGACAUGAAGCAUUGUCCCAUUGGAGCACUAUCACUACGGCGCUACAUCGCAAAGCGUCCGGAUGGCCCAUUUUCUUCUGUCGAGACGCCAAUGCGCAUGUUGGAGAGUGCCCCACUACAGCAAUCGGUGACCUUGCCCCAGCCCAUGAGAAUCAGGAUCGACUAUGUAGCAGUGCCACAGGAGACUCAGUACGACAAGCUGAACUCUUGGAUUGCGGAAGACAUUGAUCUCAGUGUGCUCCGGAGGAAGAGCCACAUCUCCGACAACACCUGGAUGCUUGUUGAACACAAGAAGUUUCACUUCAAGCAUCUCAGGCAACUGACCCGACAGGGCUCAGAUGCGCAGCGAUUGAAGAUUUUUGAUACGGGGCGACAGCCAGUGAUCGUGGUCGACACGGACAGGCGAGGCUGGCUUUUUGAAAUGCGAGACGACUUGGAAUGGCUCGGCACUUUCCGUCAGCUCCCCUUUGAGCUGCCCCAUGAUCGAUCCUCAUGGGUCCUUGCUUGGGAUGCCCUGCGUAGCUGCCACCCAUGGAAGGGGUGGAUUCGGAAAGCUUGUGCCAAGCAUCUUAUCCAAGAGCACAUUGCCUGGGAAGUCAGCCACCAACACACUGUCAUUUUGGAUGGCCAGAACCGAAACCUUAUGUCUGCCAGCAGUGCCACGCAGCCUUUGCGACUCAUCAUCAACGAGCUCUUCAUGAAUUUCGAGUUCACGAAGUACUCGCUGAGGCCCACGUCACAUCAUCGUGAACGACAGCGAGUUCGACAAGCUCUCCGCCUGAUUCAAGAAGAAGGGGCACCGGACUAUGCAUGGUGGGAGCCUGAUUUGGCUGCUCCAAUGGUCACUACAUGCUUCGCCAGGUUUGGCGACUGUCUUCAACAAUGGAAGCAGCAUCCCACCGAGGAAGCAUUUCACAAUGACUUUUUCAAUUUGCUCUUCAAUAUGAACAUCCCGGAGUUUCAAGCGGCGCGGAUUUUCAUCGCCUGGAUCAAGUCUGAGUUCCAAGACUUGCACUCAGCCUGCGACCCCGAGCUCUAUGAUCUCUUGGAAUGUAGCCACAUGUCCAUGCUUGAGGACAUCCAUAUCUG